AUGGCCAUGACCCAAAGUCACCAGAGGUUCCUCCAGGUGUUAGUGUCCCAUGGCAUAUUGGAAGCAUCUGUUGCAAGAAAGUUGCAUAAACAUUGCUGCGAGGUUCAUGAAGUCCACUAUAUUCAUGACAAGCUAGAUGAUUUUGUUUCUGUCAUCAACAAACAUUUGCAGCCUGUGUUCAUGCAGAUUAGAAAAGGAACUGAUGAAAAUGAUGGAAAAAAAUACUUUGCUCUGGUUAACCUUGCAGAAAAUGAUGUUACUAAAAUGGCUACAGAUUAUGUAGAGAAUGAACUGGAACUGUUCAGAAAAACGAUGGAUCUGAUUAUUGAGUCUGACAGUGGGUUUGCAUCUUCCACAAACAUUUUGAACCUUGCUGACCAGCUUCAAACCAAAAAAAUGAAGAAGAAAGAAAUUGAACAGCUAUUGCAGCAGUUUGUGCAAGACAAGUGGUUGAUUGAGAAAGAUGGAGAGUACAGUCUUCAUACUCGAUGUAUCAUGGAAAUGGAACAUUAUAUCCAGAGUACAUACCAAGAUAUGGUCAAAACAUGCAACAUUUGCCACAAUAUUGCAAUUCAGGGAAAAAUUUGUGAAAACUGUGGUAUCAAGAUUCACUUGACAUGCGUGGAAAAGUAUUUCAAAGGACAGUCGGGGCCAAGAUGCCCUCAGUGUACAGAGCCAUGGAUGCAAGAAAUUCCAAGAUUUUCCCAGGCCAGUUCUGAAACACCAUCCACUUCCCAGGUGUCCAGAGUGGAAGAAGGGAGAAGAAAUGUAUCAACGGCAUCCACUAGGACAAGACGACAUAAAUAA